CAAAAAUGUGGUAGUUUUUUUGUCGGGAACUUGACAGUUUACACGAGCUCCACACGAUAGGGCGGGGCUUGUUUUCAAACUCCUGACGCAGGCACAUACCAAUGAAGAUGGCGGCGGUGGGGUCCGCUGGACCGGGGCAGAGAGGCAAAACAAGGCCUGGCGCUCUCUCUGCACCCCUGACUCUGGAGGAAGCCAGGUGCCCGGUAUGUUCAGAAAUACUGCUGGAGCCCGUAACGAUGCCAUGCGGACACUCGGUGUGCCUGCAUUGCUUCCAACGGACGGUGAAGUUGAUCAGUCUGUGUUGUCCGCUGUGCCGGCUGCGGGUGUCCAGCUGGGCCCGUAAACAGUCCCGGGAGAAGAGCCUGGUCAAUACCGAACUCUGGGACCUGGUUCGCCUCAGUCACCCGGAGAGGUGUAAACGGAGGAUGGAGCAGAGAGAUGUAGAGACGCCGGACGGAGAUAUUUUCCGAGCACCUGUACCCAUUCAUAAACCUGGAGAAAUGCGGCAAGAGUACGAAAAACUAAAAAUCAAGGGUGGAGGCGUUGAAGAAACUGAGGAGAGAAAGAAAAAAGUCCCUUUGCACAGAAAGGAAGAGUGUGGGAUGCUCAAGCAUUGUCAACAUCCUUUUUGUGGAGUUUCAGACUCUGAGAAUGAAGAGCCCAUAGGAAAGAGGACCCGACAUGUGUCUGCGUUUGUGAGAAAGACAAAGUGCUCCCCUGCUUUCAAUAAAAGUUGCCUUCAUAGCAGUGCCGUUCAAAGGAGCAGGAGCUGUACAGACUCUGAGGACGGCAGAGGAAAAAACAAAAGUCACACACAUCAUGCUGUCCCUGAAAAGGCCAGCAUCACUCAUAGUUACAACGCUGGAAUUCUUCUGUCCUCUGAGAACAGUCGGUCAUUAUCUGCCCCGCUACUCAGUCUAGAUAAGAAGCACCACUGGCGGGGUGUCCACACGUCUGCUUCCUCACUCGUGCUUCAAACUAAAUGUGAGAGGUCCAUUAGCCCUGAGAGCAACGAUAGCAUAUCAGAAGAACUCAAUCACUUCAAGCCUAUCGUCUGCUCGCCAUGCACUCCGCCCAAACGACUGCCUGACGGGCGACUUUUGGAACCGACGAUUGUGAAGUCAACCCCCAGGAACUUGACACGCAGUCUGCACAAGUCAACGAGCUACGAGGCCAGCCCCACCAUCCUGCAGAAGUGGAAGCAGAUUGAGGUGGACCGUCAGUGCAUCAAGGUGAUAUCAAAAGGUACCAUCACAAGUCCGUUUGCGGAGGAUCUUAGCCUUAAAUUGAGUCCCGUUGAAGAGCGGGACGGCCAAUAUUGCAGUUGUGUUGUAGCCAAGGAUGGUUUUCAGGAUCAUCAAUGCGUUUGCAGUGCCAGUGUGAAAUCGUGUAAAAAUCGGAAGGAAAAACAUGCCGUUUCUAACAAGCGCCGGCUUGUUUUUGAUCAGUGUACCAAAGAGGAAGGUACACCACCAGCUAGUGCUCUCAUCAGGUUGACGACACAAACUGUCACAGAUACUCAAGAAGGGCACAGCAGAUGUGAAACACUUUGUAAAUAUGGACCGGAAGUGAACGAAACGAUGUUCGACAAGUGCGUUAAACAUUGUAAUCAAAGUACUGUAGACCCCGACAACCUUAUAAAUGACUCCGCUACCAGGAGUUGUGUACUUAACAGACCUACCUCAAGACGGGGCAAAAAGAGAAGCCACAAAACCAAACAUUUAGAAGACGCUGUACAAGCGAAAAUAUCCAGGACGGACAGUUGCAAUGCCUGCGACAGGUUUGACGAUCUGAUCAUUCGACGAAUGAAUCAGGAAAAGAUCGACAGAGAUCUGGCGCUGAAGCUGCAAAGACAAUUUGACAGAGAAUGUCAAAAAGUGGACAGACACAAGACAAGCUGUAACAAAUAUGAACUACGGUCCUGGGCCACUAAAGAUGGUGUAGUAGGACGUAAUACACGAAGAUCAGGAAGAAUCUCUAAAAGAAACGAGCACUUUAACGACAGUUGUUAAAGGGACUACACUUAUAGUUGCGUUUGUUGUAGUUAUUAGUCACUUAGAGUUUUCCAUGUUUAGGCACUAAAGAGGUUUCCUAACAUCUGGAUAAGUAUUGCAAGUAAUGCAAGAAAAGUAUUUACCCAUGUCACUUGUCAUUUAGCAGAUGCUUUUGUCCAAAGGGACUGGAAGUACAUCAGAGCAACAUGGGCUCAAGUGCCUUGACGCUCUGAGGCACAGAAAUUAUAGGAUACACUGUAAAAAAGCUGGGUUAUUUUCAACCCGCAGUGUUGGGUUGUAAAUAAACUAGGGCUGUCAAACGAUUAAUUGCAAAAAAUAAAAAAUAUGUCGACUAUGCAUAUUAAUCUUGCAUUUAUAAACACAUACACACAGAUGUAUAUAUAUUUAGGAAAUAUUUACAUGUAUUUAUGUACAGUAUAUUUACCAAUAAUUUAAAAUAUAUAUAAAUGUUAAUUCAUUUUGUAUUUUUGUAUAAAUAUAUGCAUGUAUGUGUAUGUUUUUAUAAGUUCAAAACGAAUCUGCACAGUACACAGACAUAUAUUAUGUAAAAAAAAAACUUUUGUUCUGGAUGUGAUUAAUCAUUUGACAGUCCUAAAAUGCACCUAUGCUGGGUUGUCUUAACCCAACAGCUGGGUUCAUCUCUUACCGACCCAGCGCUGGGUUGAGAACCCAAUAUUUGGGCUCUAAACGACUUUCCACUUGAUGGUGAUCUUUAUUCAAACCUGCAGUGUUUUCAGUUCAGUUAUUGUUUAUUAGAGAAAUCUAGUUAUGAAUCGUGUGAUGGACAGAGAUAUAUAUAAAACCAGAGAUAGCAGUAUCCCUUACAAUCGCUAUGUGCUUAUCACAAUCACAAUUGUUCCUCGAGAGGUUUGUUUGGACGUUAGAAAAAUCACAGGACAUGUAUCAAAACAGAUGUUGUUUUGUACCAAAAUGUUGCAUAACUCUACAGUAUUUUGUUUAGUCUUCCGAUUUUCUAGUGUAUGGGGAAGUUCUCUCUUAAAUCAUUCAUCUAUAAGUCAUUAUUAGGGUGGGAAGAGUAAAACUUAGGGCAAGAGUCUAGCUGAGAAAACAUUCUUUGCAAGUACGCAAACAUAAAACUGAUAUCUACUUCUGCAACAAACUUGCUAUUGGAGAGGCACUUCAGCCAAUCAUAUGCUGUAAUAGCCAUGGUUGUAAUGAAUUGUAGUAGUCAUGUAAUGGAAUGUAGUUUUACUACAGUCAGGUACAGUUUGUGUUGCACAGUUUCUUGUCAUGGUUUUAGAUAACACAUUUAUUUGUUCGUUAAAAACAUCCUCAUUCGCGCUUUGUGUUUUAUGUCUACUUGGAGCUGUGCUUGGUCAUCUUGAUAAUCAGAGACCCCCCACUUUAAGGUGUAAUAAGUGACACUCCAAACCGACAUCAAAGAACUAUCGGCAACAAAAGCAGAUUGUGUAUAUGUUUUGGUGUUUUUCUAAGGUUAGAUUCUACUAUUAAGAGCUCAAAUAUAAAAAAUAUAUGUGACCCUGGAUCACAAAACCAGUCAUAAUUAGCACGGGUAUAUUUGUAGCAAUAGCCAAUAAAACAUUGUAUGGGUCAAAAUUAUCGGUUUUUCUUUUAUGCCAAGAUCAUUAUUAAGUAAAUUAAUAUUAAAUUAUUAAACAAUUAAUAUUAAGUAUAGAUCAUGUUCUAUUAAGAUAUUUUGUAAAUUUUCUACCGUAAAUAUAUUGAAACUUUAUUUUUGUGAGUGGAUGCAGCAAAAUCACGAACAAAAAUGGCAGGAAACUUCGCUCGCUGCUACCCGAUCUUUGGGAAUUACCCACUCAAGUGUGGUUGGUAUCUGUGUAAAGCUUAGAUUUUUAGAUGGUUCAUAUAUUUUCCACAACGUCAUUACAGCAGUAAGCCAAUAGAGGGCGAUAAAACAAACAUUUCUUCUUAGCAAUGGCAACUUCAAAUAGUUGUAUCUCAGCCAAAAACUGUCCUAACAAAGCAUACAACAAUGUAAAGCUUAAUCAAUCAUUUCAGAUGAUGUAUACAUCUCAAUUUCAUAUAUUGAUCCUUGUGUCUGCUGUCUGGGGCACAUAUCAGUUGAUUUCUCUCACCUCCUUCAUUGUUUUGACACAUUUUGCAAUGCGAUGGUACAUAAAAUCAAAUUUGCAUAGCGAGAAUCACUAUGUUUGCGUACUUGUGUUGAGUAUGUUUGUGACCUAGCUGUGUGCCGAUGUUUCUUACUUAUUAAAACUGCUAUCAAAUAUAUUGCUCUUUUAAAGGCACUAUGCAAGAAUGUUGAGUUUAGUUUGGGUUUGUAAUCAGACGGUUUUAUUUUUAAUUCAAUACAACUUUUUUAUCAGCUACAUUUAUUUAGAUAUCAGUUUGAACAAUGUCAUCAUGUCAUUUGGAAGUUAACAUAUUUGAACACUUCUACAAAUGUGACCCUGGACAACAAAACCAGUCUUAUGGGUCAAUUUUUCGAAAUUGAGAUUUUUACGAAAUCUGAAAGAUGAAUAAAUAAGCUUUCUAUUGAUGUAUGAGUUGUUAGAAUAGGACAAUAUCUGGCUGAGAUACAACCGUUUAAAACUCAGGAAUCUGAGAGCGCAAAAAAAUCAAAAUAUUGAGAAAAUUGCCUUUGAAGUUGUUAAUCAGGGCACUGUGGCAGACCAUCCACUCACAUAAAUAAUGUUUUUAUAUAUUUAAGGUACGAAAUUUACAAAAUAUCUUCAUGGAACAUGAUCUUUACUUAAUAUCCUAAUGAUUUUUGGCAUAAAACAAAAAUCGAUAAUUUUGACCCACACAAUGUAUUUUUGUCUUUUACUAAAAAUGUUCCCGUGCUACUUAAGACUGGUUUUGUGAUCCAGGGUCACAAAUGGUUUGCAUGUAACACCAGAAAAAAAUACCUUGAUUCAAUAACAGACGAAACAAAUAUUUAAAUUUACCUAUACGUCACUUCAACUGCAAAACACUACUUUGAAGGGCUAUGCGUUUUCAUUUCUAAACUUUAUCUUGUAAGCAUUUAUUAGAGAAAUCUAUUUUGUAAGUUUUGUCAACCAAGAACGUUUUAAACAUGUUUCUUCUGCUGAAAAUGGCACAUUCAUUUGGACCUCGAGUAUGCUCAUACAGUUGUUCUUGCUUAUUUUCAUCUUGAUCUUCAUUUUUAUUAUCUUUUUUUUGUAAAGAUAGUCAAUGUCAUCCCUGUUUAUUUCUUUGUAAUGUGCCAAUAUGGCUGAUAUCUGGAAAACUGGCAACUUUCCUUUUAUUUUUUUCCUUAUACAGAUUAUUUUGCUUUUAAUAAUUCCUGUAUAGGCUACAAGAUGUAGUGGGAAAGUAGUAGAUUAUUAUUCAUCGCUGUACUAUAGUGAAAUACAACUUGCCUAUAUUUAUACUGAUGCAAAGACAUUAUAAUGGAUUGUAUGACUGGCUUUCAAAGCACUUGGAAAGUCUUCCUUUCUUUUUCUUUGCUGGGUUUGAGAGAAUGUUGAUUUUUUUCUGAGGUGUAAAACAUACAUAUUUAUUUAAAUAGUACUUUGUGAUGUAGUCCACUUGAGAAAUAUGGCCUUUUUAAAACUGAAUUGUCUUUUUUUUUAUUUGCCACAACACUAAUACAGUAUAUUGUAUAACAGGAACGAGAUGUAGCUUUCAUUCAGAAUCUAAACUUUAAUUUGCCUUUUUUUAAGCGUAUGUCUUCGAUGUGUCUUAUGAGAUGCUCAAGAGGGUGAAAUGUUUCUGUCUAAAGACUGCCUUGAUUUCUUUUGGCAUUCGGUUUUCGAAACCUUUCACGAUCAACGCUAUAUUACUGUCAUAUAAUUUUUAUUUGCAAUCAAUUCAUUUCCCAAUACUUAUUUGCACAUUUUGUGAUGCAAAUUGAAGGAAUUGAAAAGACAAUAAAUUUGAAAAUUUACAAUUUUAACUUUUUAAUACUAUUAACAAAACAAAAGUUAUGAGAAGUACUUUUUUAACAUUAUGUAGUGAAAUAAAAAUUGACAUCUAU